AUGCUCACUGCUCCAGGAACAGCAACUACAACUACAAGGUCAUUUGAUUUAGUAAAACUGGCACAGGAGUGCUGUUACCAUAAUAACCGUGGCAUUGCAGCUCAUGGUGUGAGAAUUCUGACUAAUAUAUCAGCCUCUUGUCAGGAAAAAGAUCUUCUGCCUUUGGAGCAAGAUGCAGGUUUUGGCUUAGAAGCUCUACUUGUUCUUUGUAGUCAAGAUGACAGUCCAGGAGCUCAAGCAACCUUAAAGAUCACGUUAACUUGCAUGGUGAAGCUGGUCAAGUGCCGUCCUCACCUGAGCCAGUCAGUAGUUGAAUCCCUGCUGACCCAGCUACACAGCGCCCAGGAUGCUGCCAGGAUUCUCAUGUGCCAUUGUUUAGCAGCUAUUGCCAUGCAGCUGCCUGUCCUAGCAGAUGGGAUGCUAGGAGACCUUAUGGACCUCUAUAAAUUAAUUGGACUAUCUGCCACAGAUAAAAAACAGGAACUCUUGGUAAGACUUCCUUCUGGUAAAUAGGUCUUAGAUUCAUAGAGUCAUAGAAUCAACCAGGUUGGAAAAGCCCUUCAA